UAUGGAUUAUGAUGCGCAUGGUGCAGCCGACACAAGGUAUAUAUAUACAUAUUUAAACUGCAAUUGUUAAUUGACGGUGUAUGGCUUGUAAUAUAGCUGAGUUGGAGGUUUUUCGCGAAACCAAUUGCCACAAGAAAUAGGAAAUGUCAAAGAAAGGGAUGAAUCUCGAGCCGUCUGCUCCUACUGAACAAGAAUUAUGUUCUGGCAUGGUACAAGAUGUCGGAGAUUAUCAGGAUUCACCACCGCCUUACACCGAAGUUCAACCACAUCUCGCUGCUGAAAUGAACAGAACUAUGAGUCUAUCGCCCGAAGCUCAGAAUAUGAUGUUGGAGCCUGCAAGAAACUUGAUCCAAAACUCAAAAUUUCAUGAAGCGGCAUCAAUGCUUGAGAAAUUACCUUUGACCAUAACUCAACAACUCAUGUUGGCAGAAUGCUAUAUCCGACUUCAUCGGAAUAUGAAUGCAACAAAGAGAAUCAUCGAACUUGAAACGAUGUUGACUUCAUCACACCGACCGAAAUUGAGUGACGUCAACAAAGUGAUUAACAGUUAUAUUGCUAAUUCCCAAUAUAUUCGUGCUUUAAUUUUAAUUCUCUGUUCGGCUAAACUGUAUAAGAUAGAGUUGAGUCCCGAUGUGGCUAUUGUACGGUUCCACGGAGAGAGAGCUGUGAAAGUUUACGAUAUCAUAAUUUCGAUGAAAAAGAAGGGAAAGGAAAUGCAUGCUAUCGCCAAAGAUUUUGGGGUGGAAAUCCUGCUAGAGCUUUUUUCAGUCGUGCAAAGUUUUCGCGAUAUUGAACCAACUUUGAAACUCACUCAAGAGGCAUAUGGUAUAAACUUAAUUGCAGCUAUGUAUGGUGCUCUCGAAGAAUAUGAAAAAGAAAUAGACUAUUGCAAUAUUGGAAUUGACUUCAUGAAGAAAAAGUUUGGUGGAGGUGCUCAGAAAUAUCGUGUUUAUGGUCAUUUUUGGAAUAAUAAAGCAAUAGCUUACGGCCUAGACGGCAACCACAUUGAAUCGGAGAAAAAUUACGUAGUAGCUCUGGAAUGCUACCGUAAAGUUGAAGAUUGGAGGGGCGACGAACAAGAGAAAAAGUUCAUAGGCGGAGUUGAAAGUCGUCUCAGAUCAAAGCGAGACCUAAUUAAGAAAAUGAAUGAAUAAUAUUUUUUUCAUAAACCAUUAUUCCAUCAAUGAUUUACUUUGUAUAAAAUUUAAUGAAUCGAUCUCCAAUUAUGAUCAUCAAUUAAAACCAAAUAUAGUUAAGACUUCAAAAUAAACCAAUUUUUAUGAAUCAAAAAAUCUAAUUUGAUUUUGUUAAUAACAAAGCCCAAAGCAAAGCUUAGAACGAUAAUAUUUUAAGGCUUUACUCUUUCAUGUUGUUUCUUACACUAUUAACAUAUAAACUAUUGUGUAACACUUUUCUCAUUUCAUCCUGGUUCAUUUGAGCAUAUGUCCUGGUAGAUGAGCAAACUCAAAUGAACCCUGUGUGCGUGAUUAGGUCGUUGUGAGCAGGGUUGUCAUAUUGGCUUUUUUGUGGCCAAAUGUAACAAUUCUGGUAACACGUUUGGCGUCAGAAUUCCAGUUUGACGUUAUGGUUUUUUGUGGGCUCUUUAUGUCUAUUCAAUUGUUUAUUUAUUUAGACUCGUAUAGAUCAGAAUAUUUAGUGUUCAACAAUAGCCUAUGAACGUGUCCCCGAACAUGAAAGUUCUUAUUCACUUCAGUAAUAUUGGAUAAUCAGCAAUCGGUAAAGGUGACGUAAAAAUUGCCGUGGCAGCUCCUAUUCCACUAGAAGCACCUGCUUGAGACCUGCAUAUAUGGGCAAAGGUAAAAUAAAUGCGCAACAACAGUCCUGCGAGCAAUGAAUGACUACUUGUAACUUGUCUGUAAUAAUUACAACUUUCGAGCAGAACCGUUUCAUUCUGAAAGUCAGUGCAACAACUCCAAAAAAGUUUGCAAGCUUGCCAGUCAAAUUUCGUUAUGGUUCAACGCACAAGUUUUUUAUACUUAACGAGGCUU